AUGUACUACGAUUAUCCCUCGACGUCGAAUCGUUCGCCCGGCACAACGAGACAGGGCUAUGCUACUGUCGGCCUGCAUUCGGGUCUGGGAGGUGGCCGAUCGGGACAGAGGCAGCUCGAGUCUGUAGGUCAGCAUCUCCCAUCCCCCUCGGGCUACGGAGGACACGACGAUCGACAAGGUGGUGGCUCGAUAUACGAUUCCAUGCCAAGGUUCGACCGUCUGGCACCCAACGGUAUGCAGUCUGGAUAUAUGCUAGAGAACAAUCAGACCUGGGGCUACAAUGGAGCUGUCGCCACCGUGAACGGCCCCAUGAACGGCAACGGUAGAAUGGCUUCGAGGGGUGUCAACCGGCGGGCCGCUUUGCCUACUAACUGGACUGACCAAGGUGGUAUGGGCUUACCCUCGAUGCCGCAGCACUUCGAUCCCAACAUGUCCAUGAACGGAAACGACAACGAUUUGUCUGGCAUGGCUGGUGCCGCGGCUGACUCCCGGGGCAUGAUGACUACGCCAGGUUCCGACUCGGACCAACUGAUCCCCACUGCCAUCGUUAUCAAGAACAUCCAGUUCCAGUGCAGAAAGGAAAUCCUGCAGGGUCUCAUGGCGUCCAUGAAUUUGCCGCAACCCUACGCAUUCAACUACCAUUUCGACAAGGGUGUCUUCAGGGGUCUUGCAUUUGCCAACUUCUCCACAGCCGAGGACACGGCUAUCGUAAUUCAGAAGAUGAACGGACUGGAGGUAAUGGGCCGAAAGCUGCGAGUCGAGUACAAGAAAAUGCUGCCGCAAGACGAGCGUGAACGGAUCGAUCGAGAGAAGCGUGAAAAGCGAGGCCAGCUUGAGGAACAACAUCGAGCACCGCUUCCGGUGCACCAACAGAGUGCGCUGCAAGCCCUCGGCGUCAGUGUCAACAAGCAGCCAAGCAGCUCGCCUUUGCGUGACGUCGACCUCAAUGAUCCUGCCACCCUCGAGUUCUACACGCAGCUCACUAUUUUCAAAAACGACCAGAGCCGAGAGGUUCACAUUUUCCCUCCAGACGUCGCUCCCGAGCAGCGCCGGCAAAUCCACAUCCUGGCGCACAACAUGGGACUGGAGCACAGAUCUGUUGGCGAAGCCGACCGACGACAGAUUCAGGUUAUGAAGCGUCCGCAAAACUCGCCCCCAGCACAUGUCCAAAACCAGCUGCCGAAUGUUUCGUGGGAGGAUCACCGCCGGGGGCUGAGUCGAGCGGCCACCAUCGACUUUGCUGAGUCUCGCAUGGCGUCGAGCGCGUAUCACACGCUGGGCAGACAGGGCGGCCCUACCCUGGAGCUUCCUGGCAGCCCCGGCAACGGGAUUCCCAACAACCUCCGGGCCGCCAAGAGCUUUGCUGAUCUGCGCGCACACAGUCCCAGCCCUGCACUGUCCGGGUCGAGCUAUGCUGGGUUCGGGAACGGCCUCGGCGCCCGCUAUGCGGAUUUCUCCCAAACGUCACUGACCACGCCACCGAACCUGACCCCAACGUCGGCGCAGAAUGCUGCGUCGAGUACCGAUGCGCUGCUCGCUGGGAACAUGGGGUCCAUGAAUAUUGGCUACGAUCCUAAUGCGUCACACAUGCGCGCCAGAGAUGCUCCUGGAGCUAUUGGCAGCCAGAGACCUGGUGCCAACGGGACGACAAACCGCAAUGCACCCGAGAGACAACCACGUGGCCCAGAAUGGGGAGAGUCUGGACAAGGGUUCAGCGGCCGCAAUCGUGGCCAUAUGCAGAGGAGCAGCGAUUCGUCAGACGCUGGUCGCAACUCGGGCACUUCUCGGUUCCACUGA